AUGGCGACGGCUCACCUCAGCCCGGCGCUGGCGGUCUCAUCGUCGCGCCACCCAACCUCCAAACACGGCCAGCCGCCCGUCUUGGCGCAGCCAGGCGGCACAGCGGUGCUGCGGUCUUGCUCGCUUCCCUUGUCCUCGAGACUCGCCGCGUCGGGUCGAGGUGGGUGGCGGCUCGCGGCGGCAGUGGAGCCCAGGACCGCGCAGCAGGAAGAGGCCGAGGCCGAGGCCUCCUCGAGGCUGGUCCUCGUCGUCGGCGGAACCGGCGGCGUAGUUUGUGAGAGGAACAAGAUUGUCGGGAUCCUUAUCCUUGUCCUUGCAGGUCAGUUGCUGGUAGCAUCUUUGCUGAGCAGGAAAAUUAAGACAAGGCUGCUCAUAAGAAACCCUGAAAAGGCAGCGUCCUUAUUUGGCAAGCAGGAUGGGAGUGUUUUGCAGGUUUAUGAAGCGGACACGAGAAAUGCUGACGCUUUGAAUCCAGAAAUGUUUGAGGGAGUUACACAUGUGAUCUGUACUACUGGGACUACAGCAUUUCCAUCAAAACGCUGGGAUGGGGAUAACACUCCUGAACGUGUCGAUUGGGAUGGCGUUCGAAAUUUUGUGAGUGCCAUGCCACAGACGGUCAAGAGACUGGUUUUGGUGUCAUCGAUUGGUGUUACAAAAUAUAAUGAAAUACCAUGGAGUAUCAUGAACCUCUUUGGUGUGCUUAAAUACAAGAAGAUGGCAGAGGACUUUGUCCGCAAUUCAGGCAUACCUUUCACGAUCAUCAGGCCGGGGAGAUUAACAGAUGGGCCCUACACUUCCUAUGACCUGAACACACUUGUUAAGGCUACAGCUGGAGAAAGACGAGCAGUUGAGAUAGGCCAAGGUGACAAGCUUGUGGGAGAAGCGAGCAGAUUGGUGGUGGCAGAAGCAUGUAUCCAAGCUUUGGAUAUUGAAUCUACCCAAGGAAAAAUAUACGAGAUUAGUUCAGUGAAGGGCGAAGGACCUGGGAGCGACCAGGAGAAAUGGAAGCAACUAUUUGCAGCUGCUGAAUCGAACUAG